GUCACAGAUAGAGCAGAGGGGACAGAAAAGAACAGCCGCAGUUUCCUUGGCUUUCCUUGGUUGGCUUUCUCUUCCUCUCUGUGAGUUAAAUCGGUCCAAACAUGCUGAUCACUCUGUGUCUGACCCUCCUCAUGUCCUCUGUCAUUGCCACAGGAAAAGAAAGCGGCCUACCAAGACUGGAUGAUACGGAAACUGUUAAGGCCUUCAUCAGCUCUGCUGAAGUGGUGGUCAUCGGAUUCCUGGAGAAUGAGGAGAGUCUUGGCUAUAAGGAACUUCUGGCAGCUUCACAGGAAGUCAAGUCUGUCCCUGCAGCUAUGUGCACAGUGAAGGAAGUGUGGGUUGACUUCAACAUCUCUUCAGACACCAUCACCCUCUUCAGAAAAGUAGAUAACCAUGAGGAGAACCUGGUUCUUGCUAUGGCCAAGAAGUUAGACGCUGAUGGACUUGUGAACUUCAUCACCACCAACGAGGUCCGAUACAUCACAGAGUACAACCAAGUGACAGCUGUGGGCCUGUUCAAUUCAGAGGUGAAGACACACCUUGUCAUCUUUGCCAACAGGGGGAGUAAAGACUAUACUAAGCUCAAGAAGCGAUUGGGAGCUCUGGCUCCUGAGUUCACUGGCAAGUUCUUAUUCGUCCUUAUCAAUGGAGGUGUGAAGUCCAAUUUCAAGUCACUCAACUACUUUGGCCUGAAGUCAACAGACCUACCUCGAGUUGGGAUAUAUGAUGGGGAUUCUGACAGGAAGUGGCUCCUACCUGAAGGAGAAAUUUCCACAGAGCGUGUGCGGGACUUCUGUCAAUCUUUCUUACAGGGAGAACUAAAGAACGUGAAGCAGGCCGGAGAAGAGGCUAAAACAGAGCUGUAAGACACAUUAGAAACUGUAACCAAUUUAAUAAACAUCAAAAUAAAAACAAAUACAUGAAAAACCGAA